UCAGUCCGAUCAAACUCUAAGUUAAGGUACUAGGUUUAUUCAGAGAGCCGAAGUCUUCAAUUUCGCCAUGCCUACGGUCAGUGUUGGAAGAGACCGUCUUUUCGAAGCUCUUGGACACACUUACACUCAAGAAGAAUUUGAAGACUUGUGUUUCAGUUUUGGAAUUGAGCUCGACGAUGUUACUACAGAGAAAGCAAUUAUUAGAAAAGAGAGGAAUUUAAAAGGAGAUGAUGAAUCAGCUGAUGAUGAGGAAGUCAUAUACAAAAUUGAGGUUCCUGCUAACAGAUAUGAUUUGCUUUGCCUUGAAGGCCUUGCGCAAUCCCUGCGGAUAUUCCUUGGAUUCGAUCAGAUACCUACAUACAAGUUAGCAAAUAUUAGUGUGGAAUCCAUGCUCAAAAUGCAUGUAAAGUCUGAGACAGAAAGUAUCCGCCCACAUAUUGUUUGUGCUGUUUUAAGAGGUGUACAUUUUGAUGAAGUGAGAUACAACAGUUUCAUUGAACUUCAGGAUCGGUUGCAUCAGAACAUUUGCAGACGGAGAACUCUUGUUUCUAUUGGAACCCAUGACUUGGACACCAUUGAAGGGCCAUUUACGUAUGAGGCUUUGCCACCGUCAGACAUCAACUUUGUACCUCUAAAACAGGUUAAAAACUUCAGAGCUGAUGAACUGAUGGAGUUUUACAAAUCAGAUAUGAAGCUGAAAAAGUUCUUGCACAUAAUUGAGAAUUCACCUGUUUACCCUGUUAUAUAUGACCGAAACAGAACGGUACUAUCACUGCCCCCCAUUAUUAACAGUGCACAUUCUGCAAUUACAUUAAAGACUAGGAACGUUUUUAUUGAAGUUACUGCCACUGAUUUGACAAAGGCCAAGAUUGUCUUAAAUACAAUGGUAGCUAUGUUCUCAGUCUACUGUGAAAGGAAGUUUGAAGUAGAACCAGUUGAAGUGAUAUCUUCUGUUGGGAAAUCGAGUGUUUAUCCUGACCUGUCUCUGUAUCAUACUGAAGUGUCUGUUCAGUACAUCAAUGAUAUUUUAGGAGUUCCUCUUGCAGCAGAGAAGGUUACUAACCUGUUAAACAAAAUGCAAUUGCAUGCUGAAAGCUCUUACUCUGGGAGCAAAACUGGGUACAUAAAGGUAUCUGUACCUCCUACCAGAAGUGACAUCCUUCAUGCAUGUGAUGUGGCUGAGGAUGUUGCAAUUGCAUUUGGAUACAAUGAGAUUCCAAAAAGAAUACCUCCAUCUUUGAAGCCGUUGCCUUUAAACCAGUUCACUGAUCUCAUCAGGUCUGAGAUUGCAAUGAGUGGUUUUACGGAGGUGUUAACAUGGGUACUCUGCUCCUAUAAAGAAAAUUUUGCCAUGCUAAACAGGGAAGAUGACAAAUCAACAUCUGUCAUAAUUGGAAAUCCUCGUUCCUCUGAUUUUGAGGUUGUCAGGACUAGUCUCAUGCCUGGUAUAUUGAAAACUGUGGGGCACAACAAGGAUCAUCCAAAGCCUAUAAAAAUAUUUGAAGUGGGAGAUAUAACACUGUUGGAUGAGUCAAGAGAUGUUGGUGCAAAAAAUAUCCGCAGACUUGGGGCUCUGUACUGUGGGGCUAACUCAGGCUUUGAGCUCAUUCAUGGUCUUAUUGACAGAAUCAUGGAAGUUGUCGGUUCACCAUUUGUUCAACCAGGAGAUAAUACUGGCUACUAUAUUGAACGUGCAGAUGAGCCCGAGUUUCUCAGGGGUAGACAAGCUAGAGUCAUUUUCAGAGGGAAAUGUAUUGGCACUUUCGGAAUUGUGCAUCCAGAGGUGUUGAGCAACUUUGACAUCCCUGAUCCAUGCUCAUUCGUGGAACUUGACAUUGAGAGUUUCCUAUAGAUUGUCUAUUACGAACAAUCGAAACAUGAACUUUGGAUCGAGGUGGACCCAAGUUGUAAGAAGAAUGAGUAACUGUUCUCUUUUUUCUAAUGUUAUCAUUUUCUCUACUUUCAACUCAACUGAUCUUCUUGAACUCCAAGUUGAGACAAAAAAAAUUGUCCUUUUCUUCUUUCCUUAAUAUAUAUUUUUUGUAUUGUUUCAUGCUGGAUGAUUUGACUUGUAAGAAGAAAUUAGCUACUGGAAUAAUCUUAUUUGUUUUCUAUAUAACUGAGAAAGUUGAAUUUUA